AAACAAGUGAACCGUGAGCCGAAAGAUUCGGGAGUUGAUUUUCUUUCCCACAUUUCAAGAUGGACUCUCUACUGCAAAACUACAACAGUGACGACGAGCUGGAGGACCAACAGGAUUUUCCCCCGGACAGGGAACCACCCACCGGCCAAACCACCCGCAAGAAGCCUCCAGGGAUUAAACCUCCAUCGACGAAGGACAGCAGCCACGAUGCAAAGAAGCGCAAACACGAACAGUCCAAGGAUGAUUCCAGAAAGAGCUCCAACAAGGACAAAACCAGCGGAAAGCACUCAAAAAAGAAGCGCUCCCGUUCAUCAUCCUCGUCUUCGAGCGACAGCCGCGAUUCAUCGUCUUCGUCCUCGUCGUCUUCUUCGUCAUCUUCCUCGGAUUCGGAUUCGAGCAGCAGCGACAGCGACCGCGAUCGGAAGUCCCGCAAAAAGUCAAGUAAGCAGCCAUCGGCCAGCAAGUCGGAAGUGCCGCCGCCCCCCUCUGCCAGUGUUGCAAAACAUGAGAGCAGUGUCAAGCCGGCGAAGCUUCCAUCGCAGUCUCCAGAGCACCGGCGUCCAGUCAAAGAGAAGAGCCCCGCCAAGACGAGUCACGCCGUAGCGGAGCGGAAGAAAAGCCCGGUGGAACGGGAAAGGCACCGCAAUCGGAGCAACUCUCGCGAUCGUUACGAUAGCAAGCGGAAUAAUGACAGGGACCGAGAAAGGCGCGAUCGCGAUUACCACCGCGAUCGAGAUCGAUCGUCGCGCCAUCAGCGGGACUACGACAACAGCCGAGAUCGUCGGGAUCGGUAUUCCGGUGGCCGGAGUAGUGGCAGUGGCUACAAGGAUGACAAACGAGACAGACGCGACAAGUACGAUCGGCACGAAAGGAAGGAACGUGAUCGCAGCCGCGAUCGCAAAGAUAAGCGAGAUUAUGAAAGGGAUCGUCACUACAGGAGGUCUUCGUCUCGCGAUAGGAAGCGGAAAUCCAGCGAUGAUAAAGUUAAGAGAAGAUCGCGAUCGAGGAGCAAAUCUCCGGUCAUGAAACCUAUGUCACCUAUUAAAACAGCACCCCCAGUCGUUAUCCCAAGUUUGAUGCCCACUGGAUUCAGUCCCGCUGUGAAACCUCCGCCUAUCAAUCCUGCUCUGAUCCCACCGCUAAUGGGGAUCAACGUUGGACCAAUCGAACUACCUACCCGAUCGACCACAAGUGGUGAUCUUCCGAUCGACCCUCAGAACGCUCUUUCCCGAGGCUCGCUCAUACGCAGCAAUGUAAAGGCCGCUCAACUAGAAAAGAUGGGCAUCGAUGUCCUGCUGCAGAACAAGAAGGCAACCGAUAGUGUUCCGUUGCCUUCGUACUAUAAUCCGGGGGUUGUGAACCCGGUUCGUUACGCCGAUCAAGUACAAAAACGAAAACUCCUUUGGGGAAACAAAACGGCCGAGAGUAAGGAAGUUUCCACCAACAUCAGCAAAUGGGAACAGGCAAAGUUUUCCCAGGACAAAGAUGGCAAAAUGGCAUCCAAGUUUUUGCGCUUGAUGGGCGUGAAAGAUGCUCACAAAACGACGCCAGCAGACGAAGCCAAACCAGGGCCCAGCAGCUCCGGGGACAGUAUUAACAAGCAGGAAGAACUGUUCUCGACCAUGGAGCAGCAGUACGAAGUCGCCCGGCAAGUGACGCACACAAUGCGUGGCGUUGGGCUCGGUUUCGGUUCCCAGCCGAGGACCUUCUAAAGCGUUGUUGAUGGUUGUCCGAAAGGUAGGUUUGUCCCCUCCUUCAUGUAGCGAUUCUCAACCCAAAUAGAAAUCUUGCGCCAAAUUCAUAAAAGAAAAAGAUGCAGGGUAAAGCAUAUAUGUCUAUGAUCUAUCCUGCUACUAAGCCUAUAGGGAUCUUUGUGCGAUAGUGGUGGCCUAUUUAGCCUAGGAGUUGUGCAUUAGUUGGCCACUAUCCCGAACAAAAAAUGGAGAUCUGAACCAUCACAAACAUUGAAAUUUUACACAUGCAAUAUUGAUGUUGAGGCGAGUUUUUUUUUUGUAGGAUGGAGAUGCAUGAUUACUGCACUGAAUUUUACAUAAUAAAGAUGUAAUGAUCCGAAAUGGAUGCAAAAUAAAACUGAAAUAAACCAA